GUCUGGGAUCAACAUUGCAGCGUCAAUCGCAUGUAGCAUUCAUCACUGGUUACAAGAUCAGCAUGUCGUGGCCCCUCACGACGGGGCGUUGUGGCCGGAUGGGCUUUGGCCCAUGCAGCGACGCCCACGCCACGAAGUACCAACAACGGCCCUCAGCCGCCCUUACUCAGACCCCUUACCAACUUCUCCUUAAUCCUAAAGCCAAUUCUGGCAGGCUACCAGCCGUAUACGCCUCGCAGUCGGUACCGGCAUUGCAGUACGCAAGAAAACUAGAAAAUGGCGCCCCUCGGCUUCCUAGACCUGACUUCGCGCCCCGGGCCCCCAUCCAAACGCUAGCGCUUCGGAGCCAUGGCCCCGCUGUGGGCAAGGGGGACGGAGAGGAGGUGGCGGUGGCAGACAGGCAAACCGACGCGGACAACCCGGUGACGGGACCCAGCCCGCCGUACGAUCCUGGUCGUCGUACGGAUGAUGCGGGUUCAUCGGCAACAGCGGCAACCACGUCCGACGUGGCAGCAGGAAGUACGGCAGCGGAGGCAACUGCGGCAGUACCUGAUGCCGUACCCUCAUCUCCGUACAAGGACCUGCGCGCCCUGGAUGCCGAGAUCCUAUCCAUUGCUCUGCCGAUGCUAGCCACACUGGCCGCCGACCCCAUCGCGGGUCUGGUGGACAGCGCCUACCUGGGCCGCGCCGGCUCCUCCCAGCUGGCGGCGGUGGGGGUGGCGCUCAGCGUCUUCAACACCGCCACCAAGCUCUUCAACGUGCCGCUGCUGGCAGUCACCACAAGCAGCGUGGCAAAGGCAACCGGAGCGGCGCGCGCGGCGAAGGAGGCGAUCACGGCGGCGGCAGCAGCCGCCGCGGAGGAGGUGGCGGAGGCGGAGCCUGCCGCCGUGUCUUCUCCCAGCACCCUGCAGACCGCCGCCGCCGCCGCCGCCGCCGCCCAGGCCCGCGCCGCCUCCUCCUGCAUCUGGCUGGCUGCGCUGGUGGGGCUGGCGCAGGCGGCGCUGCUGCUUGCGGGCGGGCAGUGGCUGGUGCGGGUGUGGGGCGUGGCGCCGCAGUCGCCGGUGUACGAGGCGGCGGUGGCGUUUCUGCUGGUGCGGGCGGCGGGGGCGCCGGUGACCAUCCUCAUGCUCACGCUGCAGGGCGUCUUCCGCGGCCUGCAGGACACCCGCACGCCCUUCCAAGCCACCCUGGUCUCCAACGCGAUCAAUAUCGCACUCGCCCCGCUGCUGGUAUUCGGAAUGAAGCUGGGCGCGGUGGGCGCGGCGGCGGCGACGGUGGCGGCGCAGGCGCUGCCGCUGGGCCUUAUGGCGCGGGAGCUCUGCCGCCGCCUGCCGCUGUUUGGAGCGGGGACGGGAGUGGGGGCUGCUGCGGGCGGGGCUGCUGGUGCUGUUGGGAAGGGUGCAGCAGUCGGCAGUCUGGCGCAGGGCUGGGCGGCGCUGGCGGAUGUGCUGCCUCUGUUCAAGCCCACUGGCUUCCUGGUGCUCCGCAGCGCCUCCGUCACCGCCACCUACGCAGUGGCAACCACGCUGGUGGCGAGGGCGGGUCCCGCAGUGGCGGCCAGCCACCAGAUCUGCUUCCAGCUCUGGCUGGCCUGCUCGCUGCUGGCUGACGCGCUGGCGGUGGCGGCGCAGUCGCUCAUGGCUCGCGACCUGGGCGCCGGCUGCACGCUGGGCGCGCGGCAGGUGGCGGGGCGCGUGAGCCGUCUGAGCUUGGGGCUGGGGCUGCUGCUGGCGGGGGUGCUGGCGGCGGGCGGGCGGGUGCUGCCGGGGCUGUUCUCCACGGACCCGGAGGUGCUGCGACUGGUGGCGAACCUCUUCCCCAUCAUCGCCGCCACGCAACCCAUCACCGUACUCGCCAUGGCCUGGGAUGGCAUUCUGUACGGCACUGGCGGAUUCCGUUACGCUGCCGUAUCCAUGGCAGUUGCUGCCGUACCUGCCAUGCUUGUCAUGCAGCUGGGCGGCGGGCUGUGCCAGCAGCUCAUGCGGCAGGCGGGGGUGGCAGCGGGCGCUGCGGCGUGCGUGGCAGCCAACGCGGCAGAAGGUCUCGCGGCGCAGCUGUCAUUGCUGCCGCUGAGUGGGGAGGAGCAGCUGGGUGUGGUGUGGGCGGGCCUUAUGGUGAUGAUGCUGCUGAGGUGGCUGACGAUUGCGGUGCCGUACGCGGGCCGGUGGGGGCCGUUCCGGAAGCUGCGGGCCGAGGACUAGUGGUGUGCGGCGAAGGGGCGGAAGGAAGAGGUGGGGGCGUGAUGAUGGGUGGGAAAUAUACGGGUGCCAGGGAUUCUAGGCGGAUUGACGAGGUUGUUUUUGGUUCUCCAACGGAGUUGUUUGCUCUGGCACCGAGAGCAGUAUACAGUAGUGCAUUGGGUGUACAACUGACUAUGAGUUGCAAUGACCUUGCUUUGCUAAAGCGUCUUAUGCAUGCACGCGCACAAGGCUCUACAGCCCCUGCAGACGUACCGUACGUUGGGAUGCUGCGAGCGAACUGGGAUGCGGCCUUUAGCUAGUUUGACUGUUCGCGCAUGCGCAGGCCGCUGAGAACCGCCUCCGAUGGCGCUGUGCAUGAGUGCAGGAGCACCAGACCAGCCCGCACGGCCACUUGCGCAUGCAUGUGAGCACUGCAAGGAGCAAGGGUUUUAGCCUUUGGCCCUGAUGCUCGCCAAGAUGAGGACAUGGCAGAGGUUUGCAUCAAGAUGAGCCCUUACCACUCGGCCUGAGAGGGCGUUCGCAUUGAGAUGAGGCCUAAUCAUUCGACCUCAGCAGAUCCUUCAAAGCAUCCAGCCUCCAGCAUUGAAGCUGACGCAACAC